AACCGUAAACUGGACUUAGAUUCGAAAGGCAAACCAAUUGUGUUUUAUAUCAAAAAGAUAACUUAAUCUAAUUAGACUAGCAAGUCCAACUAAGGAGAAGUCGGGUGGGCACAAAGUACGGUAAAAUUUUGUUUCAAUCCGUUUCAAUUUGGUCGAAAAAUCAAAUAUACAGAACUCUAGGAAUCAAAACAAAAAUAUUAAUACGUAAUUAUGUAAUAACGCCCUUUAUGCAGAAUGAGAUAUUUAUGUGUUCCAAAAAAAAAGUGUUCCAAAAAAAAAAGUGUUCCAAAAAAAAAAGAGAUAUUUAUAAAAUACUUACUAAAUAAAAUAAGUUCUCUUAAAAAAUGACAAGCUCAGGUACAUAGACACCAAAUCUCAUAUCUUAUUCACAUCUCUAGUUAUCUAAUACUCAUUGUUGGAUUUUGCGAUGAACUACUUUGCAAACAACAAAGCAGAAAUCACAGUGUCUGGGUUUACACUUGAUAGAAGUACUCUUCAUACUAUUUUCGGGAUCAAAAGGUUGCUUGUUCUCUGGCUUUUGGGUAAGACCAGCAUUUCUUGAAUCAGUCUUUGGAUCAGAAGAGCUCUCAUGGUUUUGGCUCCCUUGUUGGAUGAUAUUGCUACUACAUAUCUGUACACAAAAGGCUCUCUGUAUAGUAUUACAUUUCCUAAUUUUUAUUUUAUUAUUGUAAAUCAUCUCGAUUUGUUCUUUGAUGCGUUUGAUUUUGUAACAAGUUUUUAUAAUAUUCAACGAGAGAUUGUACAGUAGAUUAGAUUGGUCUUACAAAUUUCAUGCACUUGUUAUAUACUUAACAUUCUGAAUAAUGCUUUCUAAAUCUGUUUUCCACAUUACUCGGACGAAGUUUAUAUAAUCUAUCUGGUAUGUAGUAAGUUGACAUGAAAAUGAUGUUUUAGUCAAAGCUCAAGAAAUUGGUAGAGAAUAGACAGAAGAGUAAGAAAAUAAAAGCCCAAUAUUUCGAAAGGCCCAUAUGUUUCAUGACAGAACCUGUAAUAAGACAAGCUCGUAGAUAUAUAUGUGGAGGAGGGUUAGAUUUAUAAUUUUAGCAAGUGUGAGCAAAUGGAAGGACAACAGAUUGCGCGGCUUUUCUGACAAUAUUCUCUGUACUCUUUAACCCAGUGCCCCCCCCCCUCACUUAUUAAGUUUCUGCUCCCUUCUCCUUUCUCAGACCAAACCAAAAUAUUUAAUUUUCAAAUUUAGAUUUUCCAUAUUUUAACAAUAAAAGAAAAAGACUUUUUAGGAAAGUAAAAGACAAUUUGGACCAACGAAAAAGAAGGGUCAAUGCAGGGAACCUCUCGGUAAGGGGUUUUCAAAUUUCUUAGACCUGAAAAUGGAAAUUUUUGAGGAAAGGAUUUAAAAAAAGAAGAAAAUAAAAUUUGAAAUCAAACUUUAAUUAUAAGUAUCUCUCACAUUUAUAUUGUGCUCCCUCUUCCCCAAGAAAUACAUAAAACAAAAGCUCUCUCUCUCUCUCUCUCUCUCUCUCUUGCAAGGUUCUUUUUCUCUCUCACACACUUUCUCAUCAGUGUAGUGGUUUCAGUGCACUGAUUUGUUGGUGUUUAGCAGAUAAUGCUUUGAGUGUUAUCAGCGAAAGAGAGAGAGAGGAAUCAGAAUCUGAAGUGUUUCAUCUUCUGUUCUGUGUCUCUGCUUCUCUAGGGGUGUUAUGAUUCUGUGAGAUCUUUCCUAGAUUCAUGCAUUUGGUUGAUUCUCUCAUUCCUAAGAAAGUGUGUCUGAAGAGAAACACACCAUUUACCUUCUCUCUUUUUUUCUCUGUUCAUGCAAAGUAGAUCUAAAGAUUUAACCAAACACACACUCCAUGGAUUUCUUGAAAGUGAGGAGAUUUCGAAAGUCACGGAAGCCAAACCUAGAGAAGGAGCAAGAACAAGCAAGGAGUGACAACACUGCACCUGGUGUGGCAGAUUCAGGAAAAGCAGACGAGGUAGAAGACGAGGAAGACGAUGAUUUCAUCACCAACGAGGUCAAGAGAAGGAUCAAGGAGCUAAGGAGAAACAGUUUCAUGGUCUUGAUACCCGAAGAAGACGAGGAAGGAGAACAAGAAGAAGAGUCUUAUCUAGGCGAAGAUGAAGGAGAAGAAGAAAACUGUUCAAGCGUCUGGAGAGAUGUAGUAGCCGAGGGACUUCAAUGGUGGGGUGGCUUUGACGCUGUCUACGAGAAGUAUUGCGAGCGUAUGCUCUUCUUUGACCGCUUAACCUCUCGCCAGCUCAAAGAAAUAGCUCCAAGUCCUUCAACUCCAUCAGCGUCCAAGAAGAAGCUCUCAUCGCCUUUUCGAUGUCUUUCUCUCAAAAAAACGGAUGUUCCUGAUGAGGAGGAGGUGGAGGAAGAAGAAGGUAUAGAGCAGACAACGGAGGUGGACCCUUGUCAAGAUCUUGAGACGGCUUACGUUGCUCAGCUAUGCCUCACUUGGGAGGCGCUUCACUGUCAGUACACUCAGCUUAGCCACUUGAUCUCUUGCCAACCGGAAGCAGUGACUUGCUACAACCACACCGCGCAGCAGUUUCAGCAGUUCUUGGUCUUGCUGCAGAGGUUUAUAGAGAACGAGCCGUUUGAGCAGCAGGGGUCGAGAGCUGAGCUUUACGCUCGUGGUAGAAACGCAAUGCCUAGGCUUCUUCAAGCUCCCAAGAUUCAAGGGUCGGAUAAGAAGGAGAUGGAGAAAGAUACAGACUACAUGGUCCUAGCUGAUGAUCUCAUCAGAAUCAUAGAGAGCUCGAUCCUUACUUUCAACGUUUUCUUGAAAAUGGAUAAGAAGAAAAAGAACAGUAACCAUUUAAAUUCUACAACCCCUUUGCAACUGGUUCAGUCAUCUAUUGAAAAGAAGAGGGUGAAAGCUAAGGAGCUUUCAAAGAAAACAAAAGGGCUGAGAAAGAAGUCUUGGCCACAGACAUGGGAAGGUGUUCAGCUCUUGUUUGCAGCCAUUGACAUCAAACUAGCAACAAGGGUUGUGAGGAUGGGGAGGAUCAGUAAAGAGCAGCUUCUUUGGUGUGAAGAGAAGAUGAAAAAACUCAGCUUUUCUGGUGGGAAGCUUCAGAGACACCCAUCUCCAGUUCUUUUCCCUUCUUCUUGUUGAUAAUAAUAAAUGAUGAAUAACACACAAUGAUUUCAUAUUCAGUGCUCCCUUCUUUUUUUGUGUAGACAUAUCAACGAAGUGAUUGUGAUUGUGUGUUCCAUUUGCCUCAUUGGCUUUUCCAUUAAGGUUUAAAAUCCAAAUACAAUAAUAUUU